ACUGAUUACUGAUCACUCAUGUGUGGAACAAAAUGUGUCAGCUGUAAUGCAAUAUUAGAAUCAAUUCCCUACCAUUCAUAUUGAUGAAGAUAGGUUUUUUCGUAAUUUUGAGUUUUCCAAUUCAAAGAAAUUUAUUUGCUAGACGUAACUAUUAAUUAGUAGGACCACAAAAUUGACACUGAUAAUGUCUUGAAGUGCACUAUAUACAGUUCAACAACUUGGAAGAAAAGAUUGUGAUUUUUUUUAAUUUUUUUUGUUGCAAUGGAAACUAUAGUAUUAUAUCCAUCUCCAGGAAUGGGCCACCUGAUAUCAAUGGUGGAGCUAGGAAAGUUAAUCCUCCACCACCACCCUUCCUUCGCCAUCACCAUCCUAACAGCACCGCCUUCUUUCAACACCGGCUCCACCGCCUCCUACAUCCGCCACAUCUCCGCCACUGAACCUUCCAUCACCUUCCACCACCUACCCCUAAUCGCCGUUGACCUCGACUCCUUCCCUUCGAUGGAAGCAGUCACUUUCGAAGUCCUCAACCUUAGCAACCCCCAUGUCCGCCGUGCCCUUGAAACCAUCACCCACUCUGCCGCUACCAUCUCAGCCUUCAUCAUUGACUUUUUCUGCAACACGUCUCUUCCAAUUGCCGCCGAAUUCGACAUCCCUGUGUACUAUUUUCUCACCUCCGGUGCUUCAUUUCUUGCCAUGAUCCAUUACUUGCCUGCAAUUCACAACACCACCACCAAAAGCUUCAAAGAUAUGAACACGCUUCUGCAUUUUCCGGGGGUUCCUCCAAUCCCAUCUGCCGACAUGCCCAAGCCCAUGCUCGAUCGUGAGUCGUCGGAAUAUAAAAGCUUUUUAAAUCUCUCGCUUAAUUUACCGAAUUCAGCUGGAAUUCUUGUGAACACAUUCGAGGGCUUAGAAACGAAAUCUCUUCGAACGAUUAGAGAAGGGGCAUGCAACCCCGGCGGCGGUGGCCGUACGCCGCCGGUUUUCUGCGUCGGGCCACUCUUGGCAACCGGAGACAGACUCGAUGGCGGCGGCGUUCACGGUUGUCUGAAAUGGCUUGACGAACAGCCUAGAAAAAGUGUGGUUUACUUGUGUUUCGGGAGUUUAGGUUUGUUUUCGGAGGGGCAAUUGAAGGAAAUAGCUCUAGGGUUAGAGAGAAGUGGGCACAGGUUCUUAUGGGUGGUCCGUUCGCCUCCUUCCGACGACUACAGCAAGCGGUUUCUACCGCCUCCCGAACCGGAUCUGGAUUCCCUACUUCCGGCCGGGUUUCUGGACCGGACGAAGAACCGGGGGAUGGUGGUGAAGUCGUGGGCCCCACAGGUGGCGGUGCUGAACCAUGGGUCCGUCGGGGGGUUCGUGACCCACUGCGGGUGGAACUCGGUGCUGGAGGCGGUUAUGUCAGGCGUGCCGAUGGUGGCGUGGCCGCUCUACGCGGAGCAGAAGUUUAAUAGGGUGGUGCUGGUGGAUGAGGACAUGAAGCUGGCAUUGAGGAUGGAAGACGGCGGCGGCACCGUGGCGGCGGAGGAGGUGGAGAGGCGAGUGAGAGAGCUGAUGGAUGGUGAAUCGGAGAAAGGGAAAGAAGUAGGUAAAGUGGUUGAGGAAAAGAGUGCGGAAGCUAGGGCUGCCAUUAGCGAAGGUGGUUCCUCCAUUGCUGCACUUGGAAAGCUUGUCCAGUUGUGGAAAGUGUGAUUUAUUAUUUGAAAAUAAUAACCAAAUUUAUAGCCUUAAUUUCCCUUCUAAACUGGAAUAAAUUAGAAUGUUUGUGGGUUAAUCUUGUUUAUCAACUUCCUCACUCAAUUUGUAGAAAACUGGAAAAGGAGAUAUAUAGUUUAUGAAAAAUUUAGCACGUGAAAUACAUUUACUCUUUUUUUGGUUG